AAAAACUUGCUUAAUGGUGCAUUGUCUUAAACUCUGACACUUCUUGUCAGCAGAAAAUGAAUAGAGAACCGUCCUUGUGUUACCGAUCUCUGUAAAUGUGUUGUCUGAAAAUGUGGUUUUAUUAGAUGUGUUUGUAUAAUUUUUGCAAUAUGGUUCGUGAUGUUUUCGCUCAGUCUGUGUUCAAAGUAAUGAAGUUAUCCUGGAUUAUUUUGUGAUUUAAAAUACCUAUAUUGCUUAUAAUGAGCUUUAUUCUGUGCUGUAGAGAUAUUCAUACCUCUGUCUAGAAAAUGUUUUUUAUAUCUUGGCCUUUUUUCUCAGCUGAGGUUGAGCUAUGACAAAAUUUUCAAUGUGCCUUUUUGCCUUUUAAGUCAGUCUGUUUAAAAUUCUGCUUUGUAACUUGGAAAAAAUAACCGGUAGUGAUGGUUGCGUAUUAAUUUCCAGCAGCAUUUCUCCCCCCGCCCCCUUGCUUCUGAUGCAAUAAACUUGUGCCAUUGCUGAGAGUGUGGAUGGAUUUGUGCCCUGUGGUUACUGGACACUGCUGUGCCCGUGCAGUGCUUCAGUUGGGAGGAUGGGCCCACAGUGACUCUGUGAUUUACGCAGGGAGUCUGUGAUCCGUGAGCAGCCUCCACAGCCCGGUCACAGGCACACCACAAAGCCCCAGCCUGCCUCUGGUUUGUUCAGUUACGCAGACCUGACGUCUGGCCAGUCUCCAAACCCUUUGCAGUUAUCACUAAUUUGGGACGGCUGAGCUUGAGCUGAGUAGAACAUGCAGAUCCUUGAACCUCAGAAUGGUUCAACAAGUUCCAGAAAACAUAAAUUUUCCAAAUGAAGAAGAAAAGAUAUUGACGCUCUGGAAAAACCUUAAUUGUUUCAAGGAAUGCCUAAAGCAAUCAAAGAACAGACCUAGGUUUAACUUCUACGAUGGCCCCCCGUUUGCCACGGGGCUCCCCCACUAUGGCCAUAUUCUUGCAGGAACCAUCAAAGACAUCGUGACCAGAUUUGCUCAUCAGAGUGGUUUUCAUGUUGACAGAAGGUUUGGCUGGGAUUGCCACGGCUUACCUGUGGAAUAUGAGAUUGACAAGACUUUAGGCAUUAAAGGGCCAGAGGAUGUGGCAAAGAUGGGGAUUGAAGCUUACAACAAAGAGUGCAGAGGGAUUGUGAUGAGAUACGCCAAGGAGUGGGAGUUCAGUGUUACCAGAUUAGGACGCUGGAUUGACUUUGAAAAUGACUAUAAAACUCUUUACCCUGAGUUCAUGGAGUCUGUGUGGUGGGUUUUCAAGCAGCUCUAUGACAAGGGACUGGUGUAUAGAGGGGUUAAGGUUAUGCCUUUUUCAACUGCAUGCAACACGCCCCUGUCCAACUUUGAGUCCCACCAGAACUACAAGGAUGUUCAGGAUCCUUCAGUGACCGUGAGCUUCCCACUGGAGGAAGAUCCAAGUGUUUCUCUUGUUGCCUGGACCACAACUCCCUGGACCUUGCCCAGCAAUCUGGCCCUUUGUGUUAACCCAGAACUGCAAUAUGUAAAACUGAGAGAUAAAGCCACAGGGAAGAUUUAUAUUUUGAUGGAGUCCAGGCUGGUGGCACUGUACAAAUCUGACAAUGAAUAUCAGAUACUUGACAGGUUUCCUGGUAUUGUUCUUAAAGGCAAGAAAUACAAACCACUCUUUGAAUAUUUUAUUCAGUGCAAAGAAAAAGGUGCCUUUACUGUGGUAGUGGAUGGUUAUGUGAAGGAGGAGGAAGGCACGGGAGUUGUCCAUCAGGCUCCCUAUUUUGGUGCUGAUGAUUACAGAGUCUGCAUGGAUUUUAAUAUCAUUCAGAAGGACUCCGUGCCUGUGUGUCCUGUUGAUGCAUCAGGCUGCUUCACAGCAGAAGUGGCUGACUUUGCUGGGCAGUAUGUGAAGGAUGCAGAUAAGCACAUCAUCAGAUGGCUGAAGGAGAAGGGCCGGCUGAUCCACAGCACCACCUUCCAGCACAGCUACCCUUUCUGCUGGAGGUCAGAUACUCCGCUGAUCUACAAAGCCGUGCCCAGCUGGUUUGUCAGGGUGGAGCACAUGGUGGAGAAGCUGUUGGAAAAUAAUGCCCAGUGCUACUGGGUUCCAGAUUUUGUGAGGGAGAAGCGCUUUGGGAACUGGCUGAAGGAUGCCCGAGACUGGGCCAUCUCUCGGAACCGCUACUGGGGUACCCCCAUCCCUCUGUGGGUCAGCGAGGAUUUGGAAGAGGUGGUUUGUGUUGGUUCAAUGGCAGAACUGGAGGAGCUGUCUGGAGUGAAAGUCACGGAUCUGCAUCGAGAAAGCAUCGACCAGCUGAGCAUCCCGUCGCGCAGCGGGAAGGGCGCCCUGCGCCGCGUGCCCGAGGUGUUCGACUGCUGGUUCGAGAGCGGCAGCAUGCCCUACGCACAGGUCCACUACCCCUUCGAGAACAGGAGGGAGCUCGAGGAUGCUUUCCCUGCCGACUUCAUCGCCGAGGGCAUCGACCAGACACGAGGAUGGUUCUACACUUUGCUGGUGCUGUCCACUGCACUUUUUGGGAGGCCUCCUUUCAAGAAUGUCAUUGUGAAUGGCCUUGUCCUUGCCAGUGAUGGCCAAAAAAUGAGCAAAAGGAAGAAGAAUUAUCCUGAUCCGAUGCACAUUGUGAACAGUUACGGAGCUGAUGCACUCAGGUUGUACCUGAUCAAUUCUCCCGUGGUAAGAGCAGAAAACCUGAGGUUUAAGGAGGAGGGAGUGAGGGAUAUCCUGAAGGAUGUGUUCCUGCCCUGGUACAAUGCUUAUCGCUUCCUGGUGCAGAACGUCCAGAUCCUGCAGCACAAGGAGGAGGGAAGAGAAUUCCUGUACAAUGAGAACACAGUUAAGGAGAGCAAUAACAUCAUGGAUAAAUGGAUUCUUUCUUUCACCCAGUCCCUCAUCCAGUUCUUCAAAGCUGAAAUGGCAGCUUACAGGCUGUACACGGUGGUGCCUCGGCUGGUGAAGUUUGUGGAUAUUCUGACCAACUGGUACGUCAGAAUGAACCGCAGGAGACUCAAGGGCGAGAAUGGGACUGAGGACUGCAUUAUGGCCUUGGAAACUUUGUUUAGUGUCUUGUUCUCCAUGUGCAGGCUCAUGGCACCAUAUACUCCAUUUAUCACUGAGCUGAUGUACCAGAAUCUGAAAACACUCAUUGAUCCAGCCUCAGUCCAGGAGAAGAACAUCGAGAGCAUCCACUACCUCAUGCUUCCCCAAGUCAGGGAGGAUCUCAUCGACAAAAAAAUUGAAAGUGCCGUUUCUUGUUUGCAGUCUGUGAUUGAGCUGGGACGAGUGAUCAGAGACAGAAAAACCAUCCCAGUCAAGUAUCCUCUGAAAGAAGUAGUAGUUAUCCACCAGGAUCCAGAGGCACUGGAAAACAUCAGGUCUUUAGAGAAGUACGUACUCGAGGAGCUGAACGUGCGGGCGCUGACGCUGUCUGCGGACAAGGGCAGGUACGGGGUGCGGCUGCGGGCCGAGCCCGAGCACACCGUGCUGGGCCGGCGCCUCAAGGGAGCCUUCAAGUCUGUCAUGGCUGCCAUCAAGGAGCUCAGCAGCGAGCAGCUGGAGAGGUUCCAGGAGACAGGCAGCAUUGUUGUGGAAGGACACGAACUCCAUGGGGAAGAUCUCCGUCUCAUGUAUCAGAUGACAGAGGGAUCUGCCCAGUUUGAGGCACACUCCGAUGCUCAGGUUUUGGUGCUGCUGGAUGUGACCCCAGACCAGUCCAUGGUGGAUGAAGGAGUUGCCAGGGAAGUGAUCAAUCGCAUCCAGAAGCUUCGCAAGAAGAGGAACCUGGUCCCCACUGAUGAGAUCAUGGUGUACUACAGGGCCCUGCCAGAGGGGGAAUACCUGGACUCUGUCAUCCAGCAGCACGCUGAGUUCAUUUUUGCCACAAUAAAGGCAGACCUGAAGCCUUACCCGGUGCCUACCUCAAAGGAAGUUCUCAUCCAGGAAACAACCCAACUGAAGGGAUCAGAGCUGGAAAUCACACUGGUCAGAGGUGGGGUGUGUCAGUCUGUUGGCCCAGCCUGUGCCUACGUCAACCUCAAAGUUUGUGUCAACGGGACAGAGCAAGAUGGUGUGUUGCUGCUGGAAAAUCCAAAAGGAGAUAAUACCUUGAACUUCACUGGACUUGUAGAUGCUGUCUCCUGCAUUUUUGGUCUUAAAAAUUCCAAACUGACAGUUUUUAAUGGAAACACAGAGCUGAUAAACCAGACAGACCUGCUGGGCCUCAGUGGGAAGACUCUGCAGGUGACAGCAGGGUCAGCCCCUGCCCUGCCCAGCUCCCCCAGUGCCCUGCUCUGUCAGUACAUCAACUUGCAGCUGAUCAAUGCAAAGCCACAAGAGUGCCAGAAGGGAACAGUGGGAACUCUCCUAAUGGAAAACCCUGUUGGUCAGAAUGGAUUAACCUACAGAGGUCUUCUGCAUGAGACAGCAAAAGUUUUUGGGCUCAGAAGCAGAAGGCUGAAGUUGUUCCUGGAUGAAGCACUAACUCAAGGUAAGCACAAACCUUUGGAUUGCUCAUCUGAGGAUCCUUGGAAUUUAUUGUUGAGGAGCAGCUCAUGUAACCUGAGAUCCAGUUUAAUUACUAAAUCCAUACUGUUCACACACUGGUUUGUAAUUUUGCCCAGUAAUUCAAUAUUAGCAUAAUAAAAUCCUUUAAGC